UAAAAUGGCUGAAGAAUUUGAACCUAUGGAACCUAGCUUAAAGAAUGUUAUUGAUCAGACAUCUUUGAAGUGGAUUUUUGUUGGUGGGAAGGGUGGCGUUGGUAAGACCACAUGCAGUUGCAGUUUGGCCGUUCAAAUGGCAAAAGUUAGGGAAUCCGUAUUGAUUAUAUCUACGGAUCCUGCACACAACAUUUCAGAUGCUUUUGAUCAAAAGUUUACUAAAGUCCCAACAAAGGUCAAUGGAUUUACUAAUCUUUAUGCAAUGGAAAUUGAUCCGAAUGCGGGCUUAAAUGAAUUGCCGGAUGAAUACUUUGAAGGAGAUAAUGAAGCUUUACGCCUCAGUAAAGGCUUUCUUCAUGAAGUAGUGGGAGCUCUACCGGGCAUAGAUGAGGCAAUGAGUUACGCAGAAGUUAUGAAGCUUGUAAAAGCGAUGAACUUUUCGGUUGUGAUAUUCGAUACAGCGCCUACUGGACACACGUUACGCUUGUUGUCUUUUCCCCAAGUGGUGGAGAAAGGCUUGGGUAAAAUGCAGAGAUUAAAGCUAAAAAUAAAUCCAUUUAUAACCCAGUUUGGAAGCUUGUUGGGAAUGCCAGUAAAUGCUGAUUCGCUAACACAGAAACUUGAUGAGAUGCUAAAGGUUAUACGCCAGGUCAAUGAACAAUUUCGUGAUCCUGACCAAACAACCUUCGUGUGCGUCUGUAUUGCGGAAUUUUUAUCAUUAUAUGAAACAGAGAGAUUGGUACAAGAACUAACGAAGUGCGGUAUUGACACCCAUAACAUCAUAGUCAAUCAAUUAUUGUUUAUGAAACAAAACCAGCAACCGUGUGCAAUGUGUGCUUCUAGAUAUAAGAUCCAAGAGAAAUAUUUGGACCAGAUAGCAGAUCUUUACGAAGAUUUUCAUGUAACUAAAUUACCAUUGUUGGAGAAGGAAGUAAGAGGGGUAGAAAACAUAAAACAAUUCUCUGAAAAUCUUAUGAAACCGUAUGAAGCCUAAUA